UUUAAUAAAAUAAUUAUAUUAAUUAUUAUACUAUUUAUAUAAUAAUUAUAUUUAUAUUAAUUGAUCAAUUGAGUAAUUGUUAAAUUAACAAAUUGAAGACCAAUCCAUCAAAAAACAGGCAUCGAAUUGGAUACACAACAUAUGCCAAUUAAAAAAUGUUCGACGAAUUAAUUUUAUGCUUGCACAACAAGCUUCCAUUAAAAUUCAAUGAGCGAUUAUUAAGAACAGAUUCGAUACGCAAAGGUUUGAAAAGGUGGCGUUUGCUCAAACGAGUGAAAACUAGAAUGUACGGUCAUUCUCGCACUCUCGUACGCCUUAUUUAUCUUAUUUCGAGGAGGUCAAUUAGCGCACUCGGAAAAUCGCCUCCAGGAUUUCGAGUUCAUCAAACUGCGAGCGGAAGUAGAAAUCGCGCGGAGAGGAGAGGCGAUCGUGGGCCGCCGUUGUCUCCGCUCGCAGAUCCCAAUCGCGAUCACAGAGUGCGCGCGAAGGGGGGCAUUUCGUCGCGGCGGUUAGGGGGUGGGAUCCCGGUGGGAUCCUCGAUCCUACCGAUCCUACCUCACGUGGUUCGCCUUGACCGAUCUCGGCUGAUCUAUCCCCACGAUCGAUUCCCACCACGAUCCACGGUUUUGGCCUCGUUUGCGUUUACGUCGCUCACGCUCGUGGAAAAUACCACCUCCGACCUGCCGAUCGACCACCACCAAUGCCACGGAUGGCGGAGGAUACCAAAGUUAUAAAGCGGACCGGCUAAGCUGACGCGCGGCGCUGCCACUUUGUCGAGCGACCACGACGACGACGACGACGACGAGGACGACGGCGACGACGACGUGCCCACGGUUUGUCUCGCCCGCUUUCAGUGAGAGAAGAGGAGAGGAAUUUUUUUCCCCCGGCGAACGGACACCUCUCUCGCGCGGUGUCAUCCUCUGAGGACACACCGGUCGUCGGGCCAUGUCAUUUUGACGUGGAGUCGCGGGUGCGGUUGUAACACACUGCCGGAAACGAUCCCACGGCUACUACGCCCCCACGCAACUAAGACAGAGAGAGAGAGAGAGAGAGAGAGAGAGAGAAAGAGACCAAGGAUCCGAAAUUCGUGAUUAAAGAACCGCGCCAGGCGAUGGCGAGCCUCAUUAAUUCAACAUCACAAUUCAUCGACGAUGUUUAUGACUACUACCUCUGGACAUUGUCCCUUGCGGAUGAAAGGACGAGGGGAUGGUUAUUGGUUGACUCGCCGAAACCAACGUUAAUUUAUACGAUGUUGUACCUCCUCAUUGUCUGGGCGGGUCCUAAGGUCAUGAGGAAACGAAAAGCUUUCAAAUUAACGUGGGCAUUGGUGCCCUACAAUUUUGCCAUGGCCUGCCUCAACGCUUAUAUUGCCAUUCAGUUGUUCGUAGCUUCCACAAGGUUACAGUAUAGUUACGUGUGCCAGCCAAUAAAGCACAUCACGCGUCCCGAUGAACUUCAGAUUGCUCACGCAGUUUGGUGGUAUUACUUUAGCAAACUUCUGGAAUUUUGUGACACGUUCUUCUUCAUUUUGCGGAAGAAGGACAGUCAGUUGAGCUUCCUCCACGUCUAUCAUCACUCUACCAUGUUCUCGUUAUGGUGGAUCGGAAUUAAAUGGGUUCCGAGCGGAUCCACUUUCCUGCCAGCGAUGGUAAACAGCUUUAUCCAUGUGCUGAUGUACUCGUACUACGGACUCGCCGCGUUGGGUCCUUCGGUAAGCAAAUACCUCUGGUGGAAGAAGUAUCUGACGAUCCUUCAACUCAUCCAGUUCACGACCGCCUUGAUUUUGGGGAUCAACGGUAUCCGAUCGAGAUGCGACUUCCCUCUCUGGAUGCAGUACGCCCUCGUGAUCUACAUGUUCUCCUUCAUCAUCCUGUUCGGAAACUUUUACGCCAAAGCCUACAUAGCAAAGGGUAAACAGGUGUACGCGGAGAAGCGGCUCAAGAGGAUAAGAGCCGCCGAAAAGGUGUCAAUGAACAAGCAGCUCGACGACGCGAUCAGCAACGGGAAGGUUGCGAACGGGCACGCAAACGGACACACGAACGGUUACGCGUACGAGACGUCCAAGAAGAAGGCCCAAUGAGGGUGUCCUCGUCGGGAGAUGAGGGCCCCAUCCACGGCACUCGCGAUGCACGGCGAAGAAGAAGGAGUAGUUACGGACAUUAGUCGGCGUCGAGCAGUGCGUUGUGGUCGACCGAGGGGGGGGGUUUAACAUAAAAAAACAUGCGCGUUACUUUCGAUUUUAUUUUAUUAACAU